GGUUUAAUGAGCCCAGAUGGAAAACUAAAGUUGGACGUCAAAGAUGAAGGCGGCCCUAACAAUGAGCCACACAAACCAAAGCAGCUUCAGGAUGGUUACAUGAACAACAACAGCAGCAGUGUGUCCCAGCCAGCCACUCCAGGCAGCAACCUGCCCAUGCCCCCCUCCCUCUCCCCCAGCCCCGCCAGCCUGUCGUCAUACCAUGGGGAUGACAGCGACAGCAUCAGCAGCCCACCUUGGCCUCUCAAGACCCCUUCCAGCCCUAAAGUCAACCCAAACUCCUCCAUCGGCGGCGAGAGAGCCAGCCGACUGUACGAGCUGGGUGCAGAGCCCGAGAGACGAGCUUGGGUGGAGCGGUACCUGACCUUCAUGGAGGAGCGGGGCACACCUGUUUCGCAGCUUCCAGCUGUGGGCAAGAAACCGCUGGACCUGUGGAAGCUCUACAUGGCUGUUCGGGAGAUAGGAGGCCUCGCCAUGGUAAAUAAGAACAAGAAGUGGCGCGAGCUGUCCGGCACCCUGAACGUCGGUACGUCCAGCAGCUCUGCCAGCACGCUAAAGAAGCAGUACAUCCAGUUCCUGUUCGCCUACGAGUGCAAGAUGGAGAGAGGAGAGGAGCCGCCAGCGGACAGCAACAGUGGCAGCAGCGUGACCGAAGGCGACAACAGGAAGCAGGUCAAGAUCCAGCCGCCUUCACCUGCUAAUUCAGGCGGCUCUCUCCAAGGUCCACAGACGCCCCAGUCUUCUGGCAGCAGCUCAACAGCAGAAGUAGUAGGCGACCUGAAGCCGCCCACACCUGCCACCACCCCGCUGGGACAAGUCACUCCACUGCCCCACAACAGGAGCAGUGUGAGCGUGCAGGACCCCUUCUCGGAGGUGAGCGACCCGGCCUUUCAGAAGCGGGCUACCAGCCUGCCCCCCUCAGCUCCCUACCAGCAGGGCCUCAGCAUGCCUGACAUGAUGAUGAGGAUGCAGUACGACGCCAAGGACCCCUUCGCAGGGAUGAGGAAGAUGGCAGGAGCUGAUCCUUACAUCCCGAGCCAGAUUCCCAGUGGUGGUAUGCCGGACAUGUACGGUCGGCCGCCGUCGGGCCUAAGCAUGAGUCAAAGGUCACAGUAUCCAUACGGGCCAGGCUAUGACAGAAGACCUGAUCAUAUGAUGGGGAUGGAAGGGACUAUGGGCCCCCCAGGAAGUCAAAAUAACAUGGGACACUCCAACAGUGAAGGCAGCAUGUACUCCCCAAGCAGGUACCCAUCACAGCAGAGACAUGAUGGUUAUGGCCAGCAGUAUUCCAGCAUGCCAUACGGGAUGCAUCCAUCUGGGAUGUAUCCGCAGCAGCAGGGCUACAAACGACAACUGGAUGGAAUGUACGGCCCCCCACCCAAGAGGCAUGAGAGUGACAUCUACGCCAUGCAGUACACCAACCAGCAGCCAGACAUGUACAACCACUAUGGUGGUGGCUACACAGGCCCUGAGCACAGACCGAUCCAGGGACAAUUUCCCUACGCCUACCACCGUGACCGUAUGCCCCCAUCGGGCCAGAGCCAGCACAGUAUGAUGGGUGCGGGCCACACUCCUAACCAUGCUGCUGACGGGCCUAACAUGUGGCCUUCAAGAACAGACCUCGGCUAUCCUUACCACAACAGACAAGGACCGCCAUCACAAAUGACGCCGUAUGGCUCCAUUUGCAGAGACGACAUGGACGGUCGGGCAGGGCAGGACCAGUGGCAUCGCCAGUCUCCCUACAUGUCAUCAUCAGGUGGCAUGCCCCCCCUGUCUUCACGCCAACCAUUGUCUUAUUCCAGCUCCCCAUCCAUGGCCAAUCAUCUGCCUCGAGCCCCCAGCCCAGGGCCCUUCCAUCGCUCAAUUGACCCUCGAAUGUCCCCCAGUAAAGCCCCAUUCAUGUCACCCAUGAAGAUGCCUAAGCCUGGGCUGCCUAUGAUGGGCUCACAGAGCAGUGGGCCCAUUGGUCAGUUUCCUCCAAACCUGAGGAGAGACCUCAAUUACCCCCCAGGGUCAGUGGAAGCCACCUUGCCGAUUCUGAAGCCGCGGCGUAAGCUCAACUCUAAGGACUGUGGAACACCUGAAGCCUGGCGUGUGAUGAUGUCUCUAAAGUCUGGCCUGCUGGCAGAGAGCACCUGGGCUUUAGACACCAUCAACAUCCUGCUGUACGACGACAGCACCGUGGCCUCCUUCAACCUGUCCCAGUUGCCUGGAUUCCUCGAGUUAAUUGUGGAGUACUUCCGCCGGUGCCUGAUCGAGAUUUUUGGCAUCUUGGAAGAAUUUGAGGUUGGGACAGUGGCUCAUAAGAACUACUUAGAUAUGACUUCUGUUCAGACGGAACAGAAUAUCCCCACCCCUAAUCAGGAAACAGACUCUACCUCCCUAACUGGACCCGAGUCAUCGUCAGUAGCAGAAACUCGGGAGGAGCAGACGGGAGGCACAGAGGAGAACGCUCCGCCCGUCUCUGCACAGCCAGCUGAGGUGUGCGGCAAAAAGGGCGAUUUAGAUGUAGGUGCGAAAAUGGACGAGAAGAACAACAAAAAAGCAGAAGAAGAGCGGGAAAGUGAAAGUAAGAAGCCGUGUUCGGAACUGCCCCCUGCUGGUUUGGAAACUAAACCCAAACAAGCCAGCAAGUACGAUAAGCUCCCCAUAAAGAUUGAGCAGAAAGAUGAUCUGAUCGAAGACCUGACCGAGCGUCUAGGUUACAUCACUGAGUUUACCAGCGGGCUGCUGCACUGGCAGGCAGGUGGAGGCGACUCCACCGCGCACAUUCAGACGCACUUUGAACCGCGGAGUGAAGCGCCCGGCAGGGACAAUAAAAAGACGAAACACAAGGACGAACAAGAGAGCAAGGCGGAGAAUCAGAAACGUCUGAAGCAUAUCACAGCUACUAUUGAUGAUGUUUUGUGCGCCAGGGUGGACGCCCUCUCACAUGCCCACCCUGCACGCUCUCUGCCAUCUUACCCGUUCAGGGUGCAUCCAGAUGGGGAGGAUGAUCAUAUCACCCUUCUGGAGGACGAGCCCCACUGCCUGGACGAGGCUCCGCUCACUACAGCCUCCGCCUGGCAGGACUCGCUGUCCAAGCGAUGCCUCUGUGUCUCCAACAUUGUCCGGAGUCUGUCCUUUAUCCCCGGGAACGACAUGGAGAUGUCACGCCACCCCGCACUGGUUCUUCUUCUAGGCAGGCUGCUUCUGCUGAAGCACGUGCACCCAGAGAGGAACAGGCUGGCCCAGAGCUUUCAGAGAGACGAGCAGCAGGAGCGGGAGCUGUCGAGUAGCAAAGACGAGUGGUGGUGGGAGUGUCUGAGUUUGCUCAGGGAGAACGCCAUGGUCACACUCGCCAACAUCGCAGGUCACCUGGAUCUUUCUUCUUAUUCGGACACUAUUUGCCUUCCUAUCCUGGACGGCCUGCUCCACUGGAUGGUUUGCCCUUCGGCUGAAGCCCAGGACCCCUUCCCAUCAGCAGCGCCACACUCCCAGCUCACUCCCCAGAGGCUGGCUCUGGAGUGCCUCUGCAAACUCAGCAUCCAGGACGGUAACGUAGACCUGCUGCUGGCCACUCCGCCUUUUAGCAGACAAGAGAAACUUUUUGCAAUCUUGGUGCGCUGCAUGGGUCAGAGGAAGGUGCAGGUGUACAGGGAGAUGGCGGUGGCCGUCCUCUCCCACCUGGCGCAGGGAGACCCGACAGCGGCACGAGCCAUCGCCUUGCAGAAAGGCAGCGUGGGUAAUUUGGUUGCCUUCUUGGAAGAUGGCGUGAGCGUGGCACAAUACCAGCAGAACCCGCACAGCUUGCUGCACAUGGGACACUCCCACAUGGACCCACCCAGUGUAAACAUGAUGUGCAGAGCAGCUAAAGGUCUGCUGGCCAUGGCUAAGGUGGAAGAGAACAAGACAGAGUUUGUACUGUAUGAAAGCAGAUUAUUAGACAUCUCCAUUUCCUCGGUGCUCAACGCAGGAGUGGUGGCGAUUGUCUGCCAAGUUCUGUUCCACUUAGGGAAAUUAUGA